AUGAUCGCCCACCAGAACUCUCCUCCCCUCACAGCGGGAAAAGCCCGCAGAGUACGAGGGAGAGAAGCAAAACGCCAGCCCCCAGCUCCCAACGCUCUGGGGAACUCCCUUCCUUACGACCACCCCCUACCCCCCACCCCCGACCCUCUGUCGGCUCCACCCCCUGGGCCUGCUCCGCCCUCUAACCACGCCCCUCGCCCAAGGCCCCGCCCCUACGGUUGGCGCCAUCCCAUCCCCUACCCACUCCCCUCAGUCCCUACAGACAGCGCGAGCCCUGCUCACCCACCUAGAGGCGGGGAACGGAGAGAACGUUCUAGCGAGUCUCCCUCACCCCCACCCAACCCACACCCCCAGGCUGACGUGUCGGCCGGACCCCCGAAGGAGGCAGCUGCCUUCGCUGUCGUUCUGCGGCCUCUCUCUUACCAGCUGGUCCGCGCCAGAGCUGCUUCUGCAGUUUGGGCAGUGGCGGAAAGGCUGCCACCGCCCGGUUCUGUGGCUUGA